AUGUCUACCGAUGUGCAAAAGAAAAAGGCCAAGCGGGGAAAGCGAGGGGGUAAGCGGGCCAAGGAACGAGGACUAGCGGAGGAGAAUAGACCUCUGACAGCAGAGAAUGGAAUUGCUGAAGAGACUGGUGAGCAAGAGGUAUCAGAACGGCCACCAAUUGAAAUACCCACCGAAACAUCAACAACGGAGGGACAGCUUCCCGGAAAGAAGAAAACGAGACGUGGGAGAAGGGGGAAAGCAGCGGUUGAGGCUGAAGCGACUGGUGUAAACGCAGUGGGGAUUGGCUCUGGACGCACAGAUGCUGAACAAGCCGCUUGGGAGAACUGGGAAUCUGAUAAACCUUCGAAACCUGCCUUGCAAAAUCAGCCCUUUUUCGGACACCUCUCUCCCGAUGAACAAAUGUACUUUCUUACCCUUGAACCUCGUCUCGAUUCGCCUUUCGAAACUGCCGAAGACCAGACGUUGUUUGUUCAAGCAAUGUAUCGCGAACUCGACGGGAAGGAGCUCAUUGUAGCUUCGUCACCGGAGUGUUCCAUGGUGCUCGAAAAGCUCUUGAAACUCUCCGAUGAUUUUCGUCUUCGCAUCUUUUUUGAUCGACUAAAUGGACGAUUUGGGGACUUGUUCAGGCAUCAAUUUGGAUCACAUGUUAUACAGGCGCUUUUGGGAAUUGCUGCUGAUGUUAUUGAGAGGGAAUGUCAGGGCGAGUCGAACGUUGAUCUGGAUGAGGUGGAUCCAGAGCUCGUGAAGGAGCUACCGACCAUGGUGGAUUUGGUCUUGGCCUUGUGUGAACAAGGUGAGGGGCACUGGGCCGAGUGGAUGGUCGACCCCUAUGCGUCCCAUCUUGUUAGAACGGUAUUAUGUGUCCUGGCGGGGAAGGGAGAGAUCGAUUUGAGGAGCAAAAAAUCAAAAAAGUACAACGAAGAGCACAACAAUGUCAACCUCGCUCGCACUCAAGGUCGGCCGACGACAAAGCCAAAAAAACAGCGGGUCGUUCCCGAAUCCUUUGGUGAAAUGUUACGUCAGAUUUCUCAGGAUAUCGUAUCCAGUCUGUCUGGUCCCGAACUACGCAACUAUGCGCAGGACCCUGUUGCAAACCCUGUUAUCCAACUCCUCUUAUCCUUCCCACACGCCAGCGAGCCGCUGAUCACUGCAUUAUUAAAUAUCCCAGACGCAAGCACUAGCACACUAUCGCACGACGAUUUCAUCGAAUCACUCAUCAAGUCCCAAGUCGGAUCCCACCUGUUCGAGAAACUACUAGCAACAUCACCACCCCAUCUUUUCCACCAGCUCUACAUCACGUAUUUCCGUGGCAAACUUCAAGAGUUGUCUUCAUGGCCCCUACCUGUAGAGACAACUAUUCGGUGGUCCCAAGAUGCGGUCGCUUCUCAUCUCCUAGAAACUCUUCUCAUAACCCCAACACUAAAUACGAAAGCUAAACGAAAGCUUAUCCGCGGCUGGCUCGGAAGCUUUGCUCCUAUGGCUUGCAAUAAGUAUGGCUCCCAUGUCGUUGACAAAUGCUGGGCAGUGGCGGAUCUAGCAUUGAAAGAGAAGAUGGCGGAGGAACUCGUUAAGAGUUUUGAUCGACUCCGCAACGACCAUUUCGGACGAUUUGUGGCACGAAAUUGCAAAUUGGAGAACUUUAAGAGGAGACGAGAAGAGUGGGUUGAGCGGUUGGCUGGGGUUGAAAAGAAAAAGGAUAUGUUUGGGGAGUUUUUCGACGAUGCAGACAAACAAGGAAAGAGGGUGGUUGCAAGUGAGCAAGGGCCAGUCGAUGGGACAGAAGGGGAAUCGAAAGAAGUUGAGGAUCCUCUUUGGACUACUCAUAUCUUUGAUGAGGGUAUGGCGGCGCUAGGGUUCGCAAAUAGGACGGCUGAGAGCUUGAGGAAGGGAACAGACGACAAUGUGAAGAAAGAUAAGAAGAAGAAAAAGAAAGUUUCUAGCGCUGUAAAGGAUUUCGAAAAUGUUGAGAAGAUGGCGUUGGACGAUGAACAAGACGACGUCACAAUGGAAGAGACAUCUACUGAUGUGACCAAGGAAAGCCGAGAUGAAAUUGAAAACUUGUUCAAAAAGACGAAGAAAAGAAAGCGUGGAGAAGUUGUGUCUGAUGUGGUAGAUGACGAGGCCGUAGAGAAUGACGAGGAUCAAAACAUACCGGUACUCAAAACCGUUGAAAGGGAUUUGGCCGGCGUCUUAGAUGCCAUUUCAGCGACAAAACGUAAGAAGAGCAAGUCCAAAAAGGCUGGUGCAGAUGAAAAAGGGGAGAAGAAGAAGCGGAAAUUUGAGGGAUAGCAUUAAUUAAAUUGUAUUUAUGCACAUGGUUAGGUAUCAUUCGUUAUAUACAUGAUUAUACAUGAUUACUACUACAUACGAGAUAUAUACUGCAACGAC